AAAAUAACAACACCAAAAGCGCAGCAACGGCAAUUGCAAGUUUGCAACAACUAAGGUCGGUACUACAAUCGAGCGAUAGGGUUUCCUUGAGUAGGAGAAUUAACUAUCAACACCGACAAACUUCCUGCCGGACUUCAUUCCCACUAAAGCAGAAGCUCUUCUCAGAGAUGAUGGCAACAAUGUUGGAGCAGGAGAUGAUGAUUGAUUUUCGACGCUGUUCAAGCCGCAGUGGCUGUUAAACUCUUCACACAGGCAAUCGGGUUGGUCCAACACCAUUUUGAGCCUAGAGCAGGUCCCCUCUGACUUCGGCGACGUACUGCAAUUGGGGACGAAAGAGAAAAUUAGCCAGGGUGCUUAUGUCGUUGUCCAGCCUUCCGCCGCCGCUGCGGUGAUUGCCGAUUUGCCGGAACAAAAGCCUAUUUUUACACAUUACAUAACUCUGUUUGAUUGGUGCCUCGUCGUUGCUCCUGCAUUCAAGCGUUUUGCUCUCCAGCGGCUUCAUUCAAUUCGUUCAGAUGAGUUAUACGGAGUUUAUAGUUAUAUACUCGUAUAGUCGUAUUACUCGUAUAUACCAUCUAUAUGUGAAAAGAAAACUACGCUUAGUUUAUUUUUGAAAGGAAAAAUUAAAAGUGACAAAAGUGAUAUUAUUUUCACUUUUUGGUUUAUUUGUGAUAAUUUCCCAAGAAAGUUCAUAAUUUAAAGCCCACUUUAGAAGACCAAAAUGUUGUUUUGAAGUUUAGUAAAGGAGCCCUACUGAAUUCUUUUGGAACGGCAGUUCUAAAAUAAAAGAAGAAAAAAAAAAGAGUUCAAGGAGGCUGGGAAACGCAGGGGAAUUCCGGCUGGAGCAAGUUCGGAAGUUUUCCAAGUUCUAAACGGCUCCACAAAUUGCGGUUCCUACUCUCGAACGGCACCGAAAAAUCAGGAGUUAAGCGCUUGAAACGGCUGUAAUCCUUCCAUAUAAACGAGGCCUUGGCAAGGGUUUUUAGGGGGGAAUAAUCGGCCAAGGGAGACGGGAGAGAAGAGCCGAUUGCUAGGAGGAAGGGCUGCAACCUGGGAGAGGACACAUUGAACUUCAGGCUGCAACUUUCUGGAGGAAGGAAUUAAUCAGUGCUUUGAAAAAAACCUGGUUUGAUUCAGCAAUAUUCCCUUUGAUCUUGAUCUGCACGUUACUAAAAAAGACUUGCUUCGGUUUAGUCAUUUGGGAAUUGGCAGUACUUGUUAUUUUACUGAUUCUUAAAUGUUCAAGAUGAACUCUUUUAUUAUUGUUGUUUUACUCUCAGCCAGUUUUAAUAUGAGUAGCUAAAUUUCUAUGUCCAGGAUUAUGAUGAAGUUGCUAUGAAUUAGUAUGAAAAGUGAUUCUAGUUAGUCCAAUUGAUUGAGUUUUAUCCAUUGUUCUUAUUCGCUUAAUUGAUUGUGUUAACUUCUGGCCAACUUUAAUAUGAUUAACUAAGUUGUUUGAGUGGAUUAAUAGAGUACAUGCCAUGCCUAUUAGUUCGAGCUCUAUUGGGUAAAAGAAUAGACAAUUUUGUUGUCUUGUCAGAUUGUCUAUUUGGUUCUUAAAUCGGGUUUCUGUAGUUCUUUUGUGAUUAAUGGAUUUUAACUAUUUAAUUAAUAAUUUUUUAUUGAUUAGUAGUUAAAGUACGUGACCUAUUCUGGACGCCAUACGGAAUAGUCAUAUUUAUGUCUAGAACGAACCCUCAUAUUUAAUUGACUAACUAAAUCGCAAAUACUAAAGAUUAGUGACAGAUUCAUAAUCCUGGACUAUAUUUUUCUCUUGCUAAAUUCCCAAUCAAUCUUCUGUUAGUUGCCCAAUCAAUUUAUUUUUAAUCCUUUAAAUUCCUUGCAUCCAUUUUAAUUCAAACAAACCCAAAACUCAUUUUUUUAGUUAGAUUAAUUUCACUUUUAUUUUUAUUGAUACUUUUCCAAUUAUUUAGUUACAUUUUCCCCGUGGAUUUGACCCUUACUUGUGCACCAUACUACCGCGACUCGUGCACUUGCGAGGACUAUUAUUAAAUUGUCUAUCAAUUUUUGGCGCCGUUGCCGGGGAAUUUGUUUAACUAGUUUUUGGAAAAUUGUUAAUUUAGUUUUAUUUUAGUUAGUUGUGCUUGUUUUUUUUUUGUUUUUUUUUGUUGUAUGCUUGGUCGCAGGUCACUUAAUCCAGAUUUGAUUCCGCUGAACGAUCAAGUAGAUUUAAUUGGCAAAAGGAUAAAAAGGAGGCUCCAAUUUGCUGCUAAUCCAACAAUGGGUGAUGCACAAUUGAUGAAAGAGUUUGGGAGACCAACUGUAGAAUUUUCCAUUGCAAGGCGUGACGGAAGAUGAGCUAAGGAUGAGGUGUUUUCCAUACACUCUUAAAGAUGCUGCAAAGACAUGGUUUAUGUCUUUAACACCAGGAUCGUUGCGCACGUGGGCUGAUGUAUACAACAAGUUCAUCGGCAAGUACUAUUCUCAGUCCAAAACUUCAGAAUUAAGAAGAAAAAUAGCCAAUUUCACGCAGGCUGAAGGUGAGCCAUUCCAUGAGGCGUGGGAGAGAUUCAAGAUGCUGCUCACACAGUGCCCUCACCACGGUUAUUCCCUGGCGCUCCAAAAUCAAACAUUCUAUGACGGUUUGACCCAAGGAAGCCAAGCAAUCGUUGACAACGCAGCUGGAGGAGCAAUGGGGGAGAAGACUGCUGAACAGACCCUAGGGCUAUAUGAGAUGCUUGGAGCUAAUUCCCAACAGAAGAGCGUUCGUGGGAAGACUCAAGGGAUGUACGAAGUUGGUGCGAGUACAGAACUGGCCAUCCAAAUAUCCGAGCUAUCCAAGCAAAUGAAGAAUAUGUGUUCUAUGAUGGCGAUGAAUCAAUCUGCCGCUGCAGUGAAUGAAAUGCCCGAGGCUAGUCUUGAACAAGCUAAUAUGAUGAAUUCAUACAAUCAAAGGCCAAGGAAUGAUCCAUUCUCCAAUUCCUACAACCCCGGUUGGAGGAAUCAUCCGAACUUCUCAUGGUCUAACACACAGCAAGGGAACCAGCCAACUGUUGAACCAAAGAAGCCUUCUUUGGAGGAUACUUUGCAGAACUUUAUGCAAAUCUGCAGCAACAACCAGCAAGCUAAUGAGCAGCGUUUUCAGCGCACCGAUGCCUCUUUGAGGAAGCUAGAAGUACAAGUUGGGCAGAUUGCAGAAUCUCUCCAAGGGCACGUGCAAGGGAAGCUAUCGAGUCAAUCUGAAGAGGCCAAAGCUGUCACGGUUCUUAGAAGUGGGAAGGUAAUUCAGAAAAACGAAGAGCAGCCCGUUCCCAAGCUACCGGAGAAGGUAGAGGCUGAGAAGAAGCAAGAAGUAGAAGCUGAAAAGAAGAAGGAAGUGGAGGAUGAUUCGGUGUACGAAGAGUCCGGGCUGCACAAAGCAAAAGAUCCGUAUAUUCCGCCUAAACCAUAUGUGCCGCCGGUUCCUUUUCCAAACAGGUUAAAAAGUUCCAAGUUUGAUAAAUCUUUUGAUGAAAUUUAUGAUUUGCUGUCCAAAGUUAAUGUCAAUCUGCCUCUUCUUGAAAUGAUUACUAAUAUGCCUGCCUAUGCUAAGUUUUUGAAAGAAUUAAAUACUAGAAGGCGUAGGUAUGAGCCGAAUGAAAAGAUUUUUGUUUCUAAGGCUGUGAGUGCUGUUUUACAAAAGGACUUGCCCCCAAAAUUAGAAGACCCUGGCAGUUUUAUUAUCACCAUUAAUUUAGGGAAUUCUAGAACUGAAAAAGCUAUGCUUGAUUUGGGGGCGAGUAUUAAUUUAAUGCCUUAUUCUGUUUAUUUGAAAUUAGGUUUGAAUGAGCUAAAAACCACUACAAUGUCCCUGCAGCUUGCUGACCGCUCUAUAAGAUACCCUAGGGGCAUUGUAGAGGAUGUUUUAGUUCAAGUUGAUAAGCUGAUUAUUCCCGCUGAUUUUGUGGUUUUAGAUAUGAGUGAUCAGUGCAAACAUGUUAAAGAUAUGUCAAUCUUACUUGGUAGACCUUUUAUGGCCACGGCUAAAACUAUGAUUGAUGUUCAAAAUGGAAAAUUAACUAUGAGUGUGCUUGAUGAAACUGUUGAAUUUUCCAUUUUGAAAUCCAUGAAUAUGCCAGCUGGUUCUGAUUCAUGUUUUGCACUUGAUAUGCUUGAUUCUAUUGUUCCUUUGAGUAUGUUACAGGAAGAUGAGUUUGAGCUUGCUUUAACUCUUGAUGUGCAAGAGCUUGAUGAUGAAAAAGUGAGCGAGAUGAGGGAUAUUUUGGACAAAACUGAAGUGCAAAGUGAGGAAAUAGUGGCUGAUUGCGAACUGGAAAAAAAUCAGCAUGCUGAAAAUCCACCUCAAGUGCAACUGAAACCCCUCCCCUCGAAUCUGAAAUAUGUGUUUUUAGGGUGUGAUAGUACUUUUCCUGUUAUUAUUGCUUCUGACCUGACACAGGAACAAGAAGAGCAGUUGUUUAAGGUGCUGAGGAAGUUUAAAGCUGCGUUUGGUUGGGCGAUUUCUGAUUUGAAAGGAAUUAGCCCAACGGUUUGUAUGCAUAAAAUCUUGCUGGAAGAAGGUGCUACUCCAUGUAGACAACCUCAACGGAGGCUGAAUCCGAACAUGAAAGAGGUAGUGCGUGUGGAAGUUCUAAAGUUGCUCGAUGCAGGUAUUAUCUUUCCUAUUUCUGACAGUAAAUGGGUUAGUCCUGUGCAAGUUGUGCCUAAGAAGUCUGAGAUUACUGUCGUGAGUAAUGAGAAAAAUGAGUUGGUACCCACACGGGUCACCACAAGGUGGCGAAUGUGUGUUGAUUAUAGAAAAUUAAAUGCUGCCACUAAAAAAGACCAUUUCCCUUUACCUUUUAUUGACCAAAUGUUAGAGCGCUUGGCUGGCCAUGCGUUCUAUUGCUUUCUUGACGGUUUUCAAGGUUACAAUCAGAUUCCGGUUGCUCCGGAAGACCAGGAAAAAACUACUUUUACAUGUCCAUUUGGCACUUUUGCUUUUCGUAGAAUGUCUUUUGGAUUAUGUAAUGCUCCUGGUACUUUUCAGCGGUGUAUGAUGUCUAUUUUUUCUGAUAUGAUUGAAAAGUUUGUUGAGGUUUUUAUGGAUGAUUUUUCCUUGUUUGGCGACUCUUUUGAUCAGUGCUUGCAUAAUCUGUCGCUAGUUCUUGAAAGAUGCGUUCAAAUGAAUUUGACUCUUAGUUGGGAGAAGUGUAAUUUUAUGGUUAAAGAUGGAAUUGUGUUGGGGCAUGUGAUUUCUAGUCGGGGGAUUGAAGUAGAUAGGGAAAAAAUUGAUGUGAUUGCUAAACUGCCACCCCCUACUUCUGUUAGAGGAGUGCGUAGUUUCCUUGGUCAUGCAGGUUUUUAUAGAAGGUUUAUUAAAGAUUUUUCUAAGAUUUGUAAACCUCUAUGUAAUCUGUUAGCUAAGGAUGCGAAUUUCAGUUUUGAUGAUGAAUGUCUUGUUGCGUUUAAUGUGCUGAAAGAAAAAUUAACUUAUGCCCCAAUACUUGCUGCCCCGAACUGGUCAUAUCCAUUUGAGAUUAUGUGUGAUGCCUCCGAUUUUGCAAUUGGUGCUGUUUUGGGUCAAAGAAUUGACAAACUGCCGUAUGUGAUUUAUUAUGCUAGUCGAACUUUAGAUGAUGCACAUAUUAACUACUCUACAACUGAAAAAGAAUUGUUAGCAGUUGUCUUUGCAUUAGAAAAGUUCAGGUCUUAUUUGAUUGGAUCUAAGGUGAUUGUUUAUUCUGACCAUGCUGCUUUGAAAUAUUUGUUGAUGAAAAAGGAUGCUAAACCUAGGUUGAUUAGGUGGAUUUUAUUGUUGCAAGAGUUUGAUUUGUCUAUCAGGGACAAGAAAGGAAGCGAGAACGUGGUGGCUGAUCAUUUAUCACGCCUCCCCGAUAAUACUGGAUAUUCUGGGAAAGAGCUAGAGAUGCCUCUUAACGACAGGUUCCCCGAUGAAGGUUUGUUUUAUGUGAUGAGUAAAGAGCCAUGAUAUGCUGAUCUGUUAAUUAUUUGGUUACCGGUAAGUUUCAUCCCGAUUUAAAUUCACAGGGUAGAAAACAUUUUCUCUCCAAAGUGAAAUAUUAUUUCUGGGAUGAACCUUACUUGUUUAAAAUCUGCCCUGAUCAGACCAUUAGGCGUUGCAUUCCUGAACACGAACAAGAAAGUGUUUUGCAUCAUAGUCAUACUUUGAAUUGUGGUGGGCAUUUUAGUGGGAAAAAAACUGCAUUUAAAGUCUUGCAAUCUGGUUUUUAUUGGCCUACUCUCUUUAAAGAUGCAAUUUCUUUCUGUGCUAAAUGUGACCGUUGUCAGAGAGUAGGGAAUAUUAGCAAACGUCAUGAUAUGCCUCUUACGAAUAAUCUGGUUGUUGACUUGUUUGACAUUUGGGGUAUUGAUUUUAUGGGCCCGUUUCCUACUUCUUUUGGGUUUAAUUAUAUUCUGGUUGCAGUUGAUUACGUGUCUAAAUGGAUUGAAGCUAUUGCCACUAGAACUAAUGAUAGUCGAGUGGUGCUGAAUUUUUUGAAAGAAGUGAUUUUUGCUAGGUUUGGGACACCGAGGGCUAUCAUUAGUGAUGGUGGCAGCCACUUUUGUAACAAGUUUUUUGCAGGAUUGCUGAAAAAGUAUGGUGUUACGCACCGGGUUGUAACACCUUACCAUCCACAGACUUCGGGGCAAGUUGAGGUGAGUAAUAGGCAGAUUAAAGGUAUUCUGGAAAAAACCGUGAAUCCUUCACGCAAGGAUUGGGCUAAUAGGCUGAACGAUGCACUGUGGGCUUACCGGACAGCCUACAAAACCCCAAUCGGAAUGAGCCCGUACAGGUUAGUUUUCGGUAAACCUUGCCGUUUGCCUGUAGAGUUGGAACAUCGAGCCUACUGGGCUAUCAAGGCGCUGAAUUUUGAUCUUAAAGAAGCAGGUGAGUUGAGAAAACUGAAUUUGAAUGAGCUGGAUGAGAUUAGGAAUGAUGCGUAUGAGAGUGCGAAAAUUUAUAAAGAACGCACUAAGCUUUUUCAUGAUAAAUCUAUUUUGAGGAGAGAUUUUAAACCUGGAAUGGAGGUGUUGUUAUAUGACUCUCGUUUGAGGCUUUUUCCAGGGAAGUUAAAAUCUAGGUGGACUGGACCGUUUUUGAUUCGCCAAGUUUUUCCCCAUGGUGCAAUUGAACUUGAAAAUCCAAAAUCUGUGAAUGUUUUUAAGGUGAACGGUCAGCGAGUGAAACAAUAUUUGAGAAGUGAAGAUGUAGUUGAGCAAGUUGAGUGUCUUGAGCUUCGGGAAUACCGUUGCUCAUGUUGUGCCUAGUCUUAGUUUUCUUUCAAAAUAAAAAAUAAUAAUAAAAAAAAACAGUUUUUUCAUUCUGUUUUCCCCUUCCCCAUUCUUUUCUUUUCUUUCCUUUGUUUCUGAGUUUUGCAGGUUACUUCUCUUGAUGUUAAGGUUUUGGUUUGAAGUGCAUUGAGGGAGUAUUUCUUCUCCUUUCUCUUUUUAAUAUUUUUCCAUUGAGGACAAUGUUUGAGAUAGGUGUGGGGGAGGAGUAACUCUCAGUUUUUAGUUCUGUUUUAGUUUCAAAAUCACAAAAAAAAAAAACAGAAAGCUGCUUUAAAAAAAACAAAAAAAAAAUGUUUUUCUUGCUUGGAGUUGAGGGAAAUUUAAUUUCAAGAUUACUUUUUUUGGCUUCAAGCUGUGAAAAGUUUCCCUUUCAGUGGUAUGUGGUUUGAUUGGUUGGCUCCAUGAUAGAUAUUCUCUUGAAUUUGAUUGAGUCCUCGCAUUGUUUUUACUUGGAGUCAAUUUCCUAGUUUCUUGUGUCAUUGAUUUUGAUGUAUUUUUCAAUUCUUUAUGGCCUUUUAGGAUGCAUCUCUAACGUUCUUGGAAAGAGUGUGAGUCCUUUGUCUUUUAGCUAGCAUGAUAGAACUUGUCUUGUUGCUCUUUUGGAAGCUAAGUUAUUGUGCAAGCUGAUUCAGUUAUGAUCUAGGCCAUUUUUCAUACCCCAAACCUUUUAGCCUACCCUUUUUAUUUUAUUUCCGCUUGCUACCCCUUUGAGCCUAAUAUGUCUUAAAGCGUUCUAACGUGCUUUUGAGUAAUGAUUCUUUCUAAUUACCCUCAAUGUUGACCUCGAGCCCAAAUAGCCAAAUAUUAUUCCUCACCCUUGAGUUGACAUUUUCUUAUACUUUAAUUGUGACUUGGAAGAGUUUAUCUUUUUGGAGCAUUUUUCUUUGUUAUUCCCGACAGUUUGUAUAGAUUCAAUGAUGUUGGUGUUGAUUCUUGUGAGCAGUCAGUGGACUGAAGGUGUGAAAAGUUCAAAAAAAAAAAAAGCAGAAAAAAAAGUCAAAAAGAAAAAAAAGAAAAAAAAGAAAUUCUGAAAAGUUGAAAAGUGAAAAAGUGAAGAAGAAAGAAGUGAGUUGAAGUUCUAUUCUUUGAGCUUCCUAUUUGUAUCUCUUUAUCUAAGAAGCUGGUUGAUUGUUGCAAUAGCUUAGUUGCUCCCUUUUGUCAUGUAUUGAACUCUUCCUAGGACCGGUUUGGUAUAGAAAAUGUCUCCUCCUUUGUUUGACUUUCCAUAUCCUUUCUUUCUUUAGCCCAUUACCCAUGGCCACGUUACAACCCUAAUAAAAGUCCUAAGUGAUCUUGAUCAAGUGUGUGCUUUGAUAAGGUGGAGGGAAGAGCAUAAGAUGACUAUAGAGUGUUGACUGAUUGACUUAGGACUUUGCAUAAUUUCUGUGAGAGUUACUUGAGUGUCUCACUAGGUCGUUUAGAAUUGUAAAAUACAUCUCUAUUAAUGACAUGUGAGUCUUGGUAACUGCCUUUUGAGUUGGGCUUUGUGGUGGAUACUUGAUUCAAAUUUCUUGGGGAUAUUUUGUCAUGGAAGGGAAUGUUGGUGUGCUUGGUGAGUGAAAGGGGAUUUUGAUCACUUGUAGCUGAUUUGGUUCUUGAUUUUAAUUUUCCUUGAGGACAAGCAAAAUGCAAGUGUGGGGGAGUUUGAUAAGUUAGAAUUUGUGAUUAAUUUUUAUCACAAUUCUAUACUUAUUAUAUGCCUAAUUAAGAGGUUUGAGUUAUAUUUUGUGAUAAAAAUAUUUUUUUACAGGUGAGAAUUCUAAUUGAAGGAUUUGAGGAAUACAUGGGUUGAUUUUUUUUAGGAUUGAGGCCUGAUUCACAAAUGAAAGAAAGUUCAUAAUUUAAAGCCCACUUUAGAAGACCAAAAUGUUUUUUUGAAGUUUAGUAAAGGAGCCCUCCUGAAUUCUUUUGGAACGGCAGUUCUAAAAUAAAAGAAGAAAAAAAAAAAAAAGAGUUCAAGGAGGCUGGGAAACGCAGGGGAAUUCCGGCUGGAGCAAGUUCGGAAGUUUUCCAAGUUCUAAACGGCUCCACAAAUUGCGGCUCCUACUCUCGAACGGCACCGAAAAAUCAGGAGUUAAGCGCUUGAAACGGCUGUAAUCCUUCCAUAUAAACGAGGCCUUGGCAAGGGUUUUUAGGGGGAAUAAUCGGCCAAGGGAGACGGGAGAGAAGAGCCGAUUGCUAGGAGGAAGGGCUGCAACCUGGGAGAGGACACAUUGAACUUCAGGCUGCAACUUUCUGGAGGAAGGAAUUAAUCAGUGCUUUGAAAAAAACCUGGUUUGAUUCAGCAAUUUGAUCUUGAUCUGCACGUUACUAAAAAAGACUUGCUUCGGUUUAGUCAUUUGGGAAUUGGCAGUACUUGUUAUUUUACUGAUUCUUAAAUGUUCAAGAUGAACUCUUUUAUUAUUGUUGUUUUACUCUCAGCCAGUUUUAAUAUGAGUAGCUAAAUUUCUAUGUCCAGGAUUAUGAUGAAGUUGCUAUGAAUUAGUAUGAAAAGUGAUUCUAGUUAGUCCAAUUGAUUGAGUUUUAUCCAUUGUUCUUAUUCGCUUAAUUGAUUGUGUUAACUUCUGGCCAACUUUAAUAUGAUUAACUAAGUUGUUUGAGUGGAUUAAUAGAGUACAUGGCUUGCCUAUUAGUUCGAGCUCUAUUGGGUAAAAGAAUAGACAAUUUUGUUGUCUUGUCAGAUUGUCUAUUUGGUUCUUAAAUCGGGUUUCUGUAGUUCUUUUGUGAUUAAUGGAUUUUAACUAUUUAAUUAAUAAUUUUUUAUUGAUUAGUAGUUAAAGUACGUGACCUAUUCUGGACGCCAUACGGAAUAGUCAUAUUUAUGUCUAGAACGAACCCUCAUAUUUAAUUGACUAACUAAAUCGCAAAUACUAAAGAUUAGUGACAGAUUCAUAAUCCUGGACUAUAUUUUUCUCUUGCUAAAUUCCCAAUCAAUCUUCUGUUAGUUGCCCAAUCAAUUUAUUUUUAAUCCUUUAAAUUCC